AUGUUAAUAACAUCCACAACUGCUGACUUUUCAUAUAGAGAGCCUAUAACUAAUGUUAUUACUGACAAAGACAAACCAAAAGUAGAGGGUGAGGACGUUGUAUCAUGGUGUACUACAUCAAUAGCUGAACAAAAAAAAUGUGAAAAGCUUGCAGAUGCUAUUAUAAAAGAUAAAGGGCUAUUUGGAAAACAUUUUUUUGAAAUACAAUGUAAAAGAGCAUUUGACACUGAGGAAUGUAUGUCAUGGGUAGACAGAGGAGAAGCUUCGCUGCUGGCAUUGGAUGCUGGUGAAGUGUAUGUUGCUGGCCGAUUCCACUCUUUAGUACCUAUUGUACAAGAGCUUUAUGGGAGAGGUGAACCUUACCAAUUGGCAGUAGCAAUUGUAAAGAAGGGUGGUCUACCACAUGUUCAGGCUGGUAUGGGACUUCAUGGGUUGAGAGGUGCUAAGGCCUGUUUCCCUGGAGUAGGAUCUCUAGCGGGAUGGGUGAUGCCUAUACAUACUUUAAUGCAAGAAGGUGGUCUUAAAAUAACAGAUUGCAAUAAUCAUGUAAAGUCAGCUAUAGAAUACUUUGGUGAAUCAUGUGCUCCAAAUUCUUUAAAGGAUAUGUACAAUCCUAUUGGUGACAACUCUGAUAAAUUGUGUAAGCUGUGUACUGGUGGGGCAGGUGUACGUUGCACCUUAGCAGAUCCAUAUGCGGGGUACGAAGGCGCAUUGAAGUGCCUACUUGCUAAUGGCACGGGUGAUAUCGCUUUCGUGCGUGACACUACCAUACAGCACACCUUGUUGUCGCAUAAGGUACUUGGCGGUGUUACAGAAGAUAGCUUUGAAUUAAUAUGCCGGGAUGGAUCGCGUAAAUCAGUUCGGGAAUGGGAACAAUGUAACUGGGGAAUAGUGCCCGCUGAUGCAGUAGUCACUAGCAGUGCUGCUACAGUUCUACAGAGAAAAAAAUAUCAAAACUUGUUGCUCAAGAUUUUAGAACUAUAUGGAGAACCGAACUCGUUCAAUAAUAACUCUAACCGUACAAGUGAUUAUCAACCACGUGACCAGUACGGCAACGUGCUGACGUCUACCACUGAGCGUAUAAGAUAUAACGACUGGAACAGACGAGAUCAAUAUUUAGAGAGGGAUUACAGGAAUGAAAGUAUAUCACCUUUCAAACAAAGGACAGACUCAUCUGGGAGACCUAUAGAGCUACCGUUCUACCUAUUCAAUUCUGGGGAUACAACGGAUUUAUUGUUACAGGAUGCAACUAUGAACUUCCGUAUCCUCAAAGAAGAAGAACAGUCUGCGGAUCACAUAUUAACCUUGAAAGAUUCUCCGGUAAGCUCUCAAGCUGAGAAAGCAGUCGUCGGUAUAAGAGACUGUCCAGUGAAGCGAGCCGUGCUGUGUGUCACUAGCGAUCCGGAGAUGGAGAAAUGUGUUAAAAUGAGGGUGGCCCUGAAGGCGGCGUUCCUGUCCCCGCAGUUGGUGUGCUGGCGCGCGCACAGCACUCGGCACUGCGAGCGCGCGCUGGCCGAGGGCGUGUGCGACCUGGCGCUGCUGGACGCUGCCGACAUGCUGCACGCCGCCCACAAGUACCGCCUCGUGCCCUUCAUGCAGGAGGUUUAUUCAAGCGGUAACAAUUGGUACUACGCGGUUGCGGUAGCAAAGGAACAGGAUCCCGAUACAGAUCUAACUUACCUCCGUGGGAAGAACACGUGUCACACCGGCAUCGGCAUGGCGGCGGGGUGGAUCUAUCCUUUGGCCUAUCUCAUAUCUAAUGGAUGGAUUCGGUCGUACGGGUGCGACGGCGCGCACGCGGCCGCGCAGUACUUCAGCAAGGCGUGCGCGCCCGGCGCGCUCAGCAGCGAGUACGUGGACGCCGCCACCGCGCCGCACGACAACCUCUGCCAUCUGUGCCACGGCGCUUCAUUCCGUCGAUGUCGACGCGACGCGAGUGAGGAUUAUUACGGGCAUGUAGGAGCGUUGCGGUGUAUGAUAGAGGGCGGUGGUGAUGUGGCGUUCGUGAGGCACAGCGCGCCCGCAGAGGUGUCCGGCGGUCGACGACGCGAGUGGUGGGCGCGCGACCUGCUGCCCGACGACCUGCAGCUGUUGUGUCCAGAUGGUACACGUGCGAAAAUGCACGAAUAUAAACACUGCAAUCUGGGCAAGGUCCCGGGCUCGGUGCUAAUGGGACGCGCGAAUCACACGGAACUGGACACGUUCUCUAACCUCAUGGUGUAUGCGCAACAGUUGUAUGGUGCCACCGCUUCAGAUGAAUUUAGUUUUAGCAUGUUCCAUUCCCAUCCGCCAUACGCUGACUUGAUCUUCAGUGAUGUGGCGGUUCGUCUAAAGCCUCUUUCACACAACAAGCGGUCCGCCGAGUUCGUAGCAGGCGAGGCUCUGACCCGAGCCGCCCGUAUUGUAUCGUGUGACGCGCCACAAUCUUUAUACUCUAUCGCCUCAGACCCUGAUUUUUUGUCUAUGGCUCACAAAAAUGGUUUUAUCGGACAUGUUCUAGCUAUUGGUCUACUUGUUCUUGCGUUAUUGCGA